ACGUUGCAUGAACGCCCCUAUUGGAUCGUUCCUGUAGUACUGGCGGAAGCUCAGCCUCUUCGCUGGGCUCGAGCAAGGCGGCCAUGUUGGUAGAGGAAGGGAUAGUCCCAGGUAGUAUCAGGAAGUCAGUUAGGGUGGGGUGAGUGACACGCAGACUCGGGGCGACGUGGGUAGCACCUGUCAUUGCAAAAGAAUGCUCCAGAGGCUCCGCCUUGGGAUGCUGUGGCGAUCUCCAGGAAAACACAAGCCUGGGUUUAAUAGAAGAUGAUAAUUUUUCGGGCUUGCAUUUUUUAGCAAAAAGGAGAUGCAAGCUGGAACAUGAUAAAAAGGAAAUGAGGGAUUUGAUGGAGUAAGAGAGAAGUAUCGUUCAUCAGUCAUGCGUCUGUCAGCCAUUUUCAGGUCUUUUUGCUUUCGUUUCUUGGUCCUCAUUGUGCUCACUCUCCUACUUGCCCCUAUCUGUUUACGCGACCUCCUCUACUCUCCCUUGUUUUCACGACAACUGAACCUCAGGCGUUUGAGUCGUGAGUUCCUACACAGAAGCCUACAGGAUGGUUCUAACGCCUUGCAACAUUUCCAUCAAAUUGUCUCUACAUCCAGCACAGUUCCUCCCAAUACAUCUGUGCCCUGUGUCCACAGGGCAGCUGGGAGCCUUCGCCCAUCACGUAUCAGAGGCACCACCAGUUUGGUUGUCACCAUAAUUACAACAAGACGCCGUUCUGAAUAUCAUUACCUCCUUCAGGUAACGCGUGGUUUUCUUGACCGGAUGUCCGAGUGUGGCCAAGACUGCUCCACAUUUCAGAUUUUAAUUUGUAACGUUGAUUCAUUUCCUGAGGGCCACUCUGAUGCCUGUCUUCUCUCCCACCUGUUGCCAACAGUGUCGCGGCAUUGGACCGAGCAUGUGGGUGAAGCCCCAAAUCGAUUUGAACAGGAAAAGCGGGACUAUGCCUUCUGCCUUUCCCACACAUUGGAGGCCUACAACCCAGAAUAUGUGUUACUCGUUGAGGAUGAUGCGGUCCCUUUAAAUGAUAUUUUUAAUGCAUUCUUCCAUUUAGUGAAGGUACGCUUUCCUCAGGAGCCACUAGGGGGCGGCCUGUAUGUAAAAUUAUACCACCCAGAAAGACUUCAGGGUUACAUCAACCCAGAGCCCAUGCGGAUUUUGGAAUGGGUCGGCCUAGGAGGGCUAGCAGGACUGGUCCUUACCUGGGUGCAUACUCUUACUUUGCGCCAGCAGCAGUUUAGCUGGUGGGUGUUUAUGGCAUUUACUGUUUAUGCCAUGAUGCUGGCAGAGCUGACAGGACGCCACUACCUGCUGGAACUGCGGAGGAUUUCUCCAGCCCUUUACAAUGUUGUGCCUGUUACAGAGUGCUGCACGCCGGCUAUGCUGUUCUCAGAGGCAUCUGCUCAAAGGACUCUGUCCUACUUGAAGGACAUAGUGUGUGAACAAGGUUAUGCCAAAGAUAUCGCCCUGUACCAAGAGCUACGGAGAAGGGGGGAAUGGGCUUGGGCACUGGAGCCUAACAUGGUGAUACAUGUUGGAAUGUUUUCAACACUUAGAGGGUCUUUUGAAGAAGAGCCGCAGCUGCUUUAACAUUUCUAUAAUUCUUGACUGGGAAUGAAAUAAAACUGUACAAAUGUGUAGACUAUACAAACUUUAUUUUUUUACAUGAAGAUUUAUUGAACAGAACCGUGAUGCACAUUAAAAGUAGAUUUAUUUUUUAUUGUUUGCACUACUGAUAUUCUAUGCACUUAUGUUCAGAAGGUUUUCUACUUUGCUAGAGAAAGUACGGAGGCAUCUGGCCAAGAAAGGGACAUAACCUGCUGUUAUGCAACUGCAAGUGAUAUGCAACUUAACAGAUGAUGUUGGAAUGAUGGAGGACUUUUUUUUUUUCCAUCUUUACUUCAGUCCUGUUGCACAAAGAUUUUCUGAAAAGCUGGGAAAUCUCUGACAUCAUAAGAAGUGAUGGAUAUAUGUGAAGCAAAGCAUGUGUGAGAUCGGGCUGUGAAUGCAAGCAGCUAUUCCCAAAGUUAUUCUGCCUACUGUAUAUGAUGCAUUGAAGCUAAACCGAUUUACAACACUGCUGCCUAACCUAAUGCCUCGUACACACGAUAAGCAUAUCGGACGAAUGAGCGUCCGUGUGUUUGUUUGUUUUUUUAAUUGAAAACCAAUAGGUUACUAACGUUACGAAAAUUCUC